GGAGCGCGGGGGGCCGCGUCGGCGGGAGCCGGAAGCGCGGGGCCAGGGGGGUCGCACGUGAAAGCCGCGGACCCAGCAGCCGCCGUCCCUGGAGCCCCGGGUGGUGCGUGGGGGCAGCCGCCCGCGACAGCAGGAUGAAACGAGGAGGAAGCGAUAGUGACCAUAAUUCAUCAGAAGAAGAUACUGCAGAGAAAUCCAAGAAACUGAGGACUAUAAAUGAGCAUUCUCAGACUUGUGAUUGGGGUAAUCUUCUUCAGGACAUUAUUCUCCAAGUAUUUAAGUAUUUGCCUCUCCUUGAUCGGGCUCAUGCUUCACAAGUUUGCCGCAACUGGAACCAGGUAUUUCACAUGCCUGACUUAUGGAGGUGUUUUGAAUUUGAACUGAAUCAGCCAGCUACAUCUUACUUGAAAGCUACACAUCCAGAGCUGAUCAAACAGAUCAUUAAAAGACAUUCAAACCAUCUGCAAUAUGUCAGCUUCAAGGUGGACAGCAGCAAAGAAUCAGCUGAAGCAGCUUGUGAUAUAUUAUCACAACUUGUGAAUUGCUCUUUAAAAACACUUGGACUUAUUUCAACUGCUCGGCCAAGUUUUAUGGAUUUACCAAAGUCUCACUUUAUUUCUGCGCUGACGGUAGUGUUUGUAAACUCCAAAUCCUUAUCCUCACUUAAGAUAGAUGAUACCCCAGUAGAUGAUCCAUCCCUCAAAGUACUGGUGGCCAACAACAGUGAUACGCUCAAGCUGCUAAAAAUGAGCAGCUGUCCUCACGUGUCCCCAGCAGGUAUCCUUUGUGUGGCUGAUCAAUGCCAUGGCUUACGUGAACUGGCCCUGAAUUACCACUUGUUAAGUGAUGAAUUGCUGCUGGCUUUAUCUUCUGAAAAACAUGUUCGAUUAGAACAUUUGCGCAUUGAUGUAGUCAGUGAGAAUCCUGGACAGACACACUUCCAUACUAUUCAGAAGAGCAGCUGGGAUGCUUUCAUCAGACAUUCACCCAAAGUGAACUUAGUGAUGUAUUUUUUUUUAUAUGAAGAGGAAUUUGAUCCAUUCUUUCGGUAUGAAAUACCUGCCACCCAUCUUUAUUUUGGGAGAUCAGUAAGCAAAGAUGUGCUUGGCCGUGUGGGAAUGACGUGCCCUAGACUAGUUGAACUAGUAGUGUGUGCUAAUGGAUUACGGCCUCUUGAUGAAGAGUUAAUUCGAAUUGCAGAACGUUGCAAAAAUUUGUCAGCUAUUGGACUAGGGGAAUGUGAAGUCUCAUGUAGUGCCUUUGUUGAGUUUGUGAAGAUGUGUGGUGGCCGCCUGUCUCAGUUAUCCAUUAUGGAAGAAGUAUUAAUUCCUGACCAAACGUAUAGCUUGGAGCAGAUUCAUUGGGAAGUGUCCAAGCAUCUUGGUAGGGUGUGGUUUCCAGACAUGAUGCCCACGUGGUAAAGACUAAGUGAUGUAGGGAAUGAUGAAUAAUAUAGCACCUUAACUUUAAGCAUAUUGUAUUAUAAUAAAAGUUUAUUUCCUAUAGCUCUGAUAUAAUUCUAUUUUGUGGAACAGAAAUUUAAUAUCUGUAUUGAGUAUAUAAGGACUGUUUAUUGGAAGACCCAUGAAUCAUUUUUGGUCGGAAAACUUUGUUUCUUUAGUCAAAUUACAGAUUUUUUUUUUAAUUUGGUUAAAAUCUGAAACCUGUUAUAAAGAUUGAAUAUUUUACAGUUUGAAGGAACAAAACCAAUAUAUUAUAAUAUCCAAUAAGUGAGUACUAAUAGAUUUUACAAAAUGUGUUGUCUAUGCAUUUUUUUUUUAAAUGUAAACUUGACAUUUUAGGGUCUUCAGUUAUACAUAUACCUGUUAUAAGGUGUUUAAUAUAGCUCAGGAAAGUAAGCAUUUUGUGAGAAAAAAAUGUAGGUUAUUUUGUAUCUAAUGAAAAAGAUUGGUUGGAUGUUCUCAAAUGUUACAAAGCCAUUUAAUAAGGUAUAAAUAUAAUUGUAACUCUUGGACAUCUGAUAUAUGUCACGCAGUAGUUAUAUUAGAAGGAUAAUAAACAGCCAAGAUAAAAUUAAAAGAAAAUAAACACCAGAAGGGAGGCAUUGUCUAGUAGAGUAUAAACUUUUAGGUUUGCUCUGUAACCUGCUAAACCUUAAUUCUUCUCUGCAAUACAUCACUCUAUGUGGCACUUGAGGCAUUCAUUGUAUGUAAAGUAAGGAAUGUUUUACCAAUUCUCCUUGGUUUUGUUUGUUUAAACUAGUUUUGAAGUAUUAAUAAUUGAAAUGAAAAGUUUAUUUUUAAAACGCUAAAUUCAAAUAAUUAAAGGUAGAACUUUAAAAUACUUAAAAAUUAUUUCCAUGAAGGAAUAUAUUUUUAAGUCUCCAGUUAAUUUCAUUUUUCCAUUUUGGAAUUAUAUAGUUAUGUAAGUAGGACUUUCAAAAAUCAUAAAAGAAGCAUCAGUGUACAGUUCAGCAUAAACUGUAAAUUUAAAAGGAUAUAUUUAAGUUCCUAAUCAUAUUUUUAAGUAAAUAUUGCUCAGUAGACUGGAAAAUGGUAAUAAGACAAUGUUGAUAGUUUUGUGAUUGUUAAUUUGGUUGAACUGAUAUUUUAUAUUAUUUAAGUUAGCAUUUUUAUUACUUUCCUUAUGAAUGAAGGUAAUCCACAGAUUGUAGAAUCUGUAAAAAUACUAAGUUUUGGGCUAAGUUUUUUUUAGAUAUUAUAUAAACUUUGAUUCUCAGCACUAGUGCUAGUAGAUAUUACCUUCCUAAGGGAAAUUAGAAGUGAUUUACCCCCCGUGGAAUAUAUUAAUGCUUCUAGAAAGCAUUUUUGGUAAUUAUGGAAGUUAAUAGUCUUACAGAUCUAAUCUAUUUUUUAAAUCGAAUACCUUCCUAAGAAUAAAGUAAAAGGUGACAUUCUGCGUAAUUUUUGCUUUUUAAAAGUGAUGGUAUUCUGGUCACAUAUAAAUGAUAUAGACUUGGAAAUUAAAAGUUGUUGUUAUACUAUUUCCCCCCUUACUAAAUAAUAAAAAGCUUUGUACAGAAAUACCUGUGUUAGUGAAUGAAGCUUUUUUCCUUGCACAACUUUUGGAAAAUGGAUUUGACAGUACAUAAUCAGUUCUACCAAAUAACCAAAGUUUUAUUUGGAAAUUUACUUUUUGUAAAAAUGGAAUUAUAUAAUGCUUGAAAUAUUUUAAGUCACUUUAUAAGCAAAAUGUAUAGCACUUAAUUUGUUUAUACUGUAAACUAUGUGUUAAAUGCUUUUGUCAAUUUAAGAAUAAAGAUAGUUACUAAUGC